AUUGGGCCCAAGAGCCUGCAAUAGGUGUAGCUAUUGACAUCAGAUAGAGUGGGAUGGCCAGUUUGUCUUUCUAGCAGAUGAUCUGUUGUACUCAGUCAUUAACAGACAGUUCUAGAAUGCUGAAGAGUUGCAGAUUGCCAGAAGUCAGAAACCUCCUGAACUUCAUAAAGCUACCAUUGACUACGUGGUCUGGGAUGAUGAUAUCUACAUCAAAAAUACACCAGAUUUGCCUGAUAGUCACUUGCUGGCUUGGGGGACUCUUCUCUUGCUUGGUGUUUAUUCAGUAUUCCUCACGCUCAUGUGCACCGGAACCCAUUCCUUAUUAUCGAUAUUACAAUAAUGUACACACCCUUAACACUCCAGGUCAAGAGGAAAAACCAAUCGUGCUGCUGUGGUUUUGGCCUGAGAACUUCAGGUGGGACUUCAGAGAAUGUAAAGCCAUAUACAACAUUGACGGCUGCCAUUUGACCGAUGACAGAAACCUUUACAACCAAGCGGACGCAGUCCUCAUUUUCCACAAAUCUAUCAAAUGGGACUUGUCCAACCUUCCGCCGUCUCCUCGGCCUCCGUUUCAAAAAUGGAUCUGGUUUCACGUCGAAUCGCCGACCAACACGCAGAAGAUCCCUGGUUUGGAGAAACUUUUCAACCUCACGCUGAGCUACAGACGGGAUGCCGACAUUUCCGUGAGGUAUGACCUCACCAUCAACAAGAAGCCAAACAAUGACUUUGUGAUCCCAAAGAAGGACAAGCUCCUGUGUUGGUUCGUGUCCAACAUGGCCACCAGUACUGGAGUAGGGACCAGGAUGGCGUACUACAACAAGUUAAAGAAGCACAUCAGUGUGACUAUUUUUGGAAAAAUGGCUGGCACACGCAUGAAAGAUGAAGACUACUUCUCCACGAUGGCUAGCUGUAAGUUCUACCUCGCUUUUGAGAACUCCGUCCACAGGGACUACAUCACGGAGAAAUUAAACGGUCCUCUUGCAGCUGGGACGGUUCCAGUUGUCUUGGGGCCGCCGAGAGAAAAUUACGAACAGUUUACUCCGAGUAAUGCCUUCAUUCACAUCAACGACUUCCCUGAUGCUGAAGCACUGGCUAAAUAUCUGCUUCAGCUGGACAAAGACGAUGAAGCGUACAAGCGCUAUUUUGACUGGAGAAAAAACCUAACAGCGACACCGCAUCUAACCCUUUGGAAUCAAGAGUUCACCAUGUACAUCUGUCACGCCUGUGAAUAUAUUGGAAGGCACAAAGAGUAUAGAGCUGCACAAGACAUCUACAAGUGGUGGUUUUCAUAAAGAGGAACUUGUUUAUUAUUAACUUGUUAAUAAACCAUAAACUUGUUUAUUCCCGAAACAUGCUCAAAAUAAUUCCUGAUAAAGUAUGUCCUCAUGUUAGCAGGCGAGUGACUAUUUAUUACAGUGCAUUACAAUAGAAAUAAAACAUAAAUGUCAUUACUGUGUGCAUUAAGCGAAAAGAAUAUUACAUUAUUCUUCAUUAUAGACUAUUUAUUUUUUAGCUUUUAAAACACUGUUUCAACUAAUGCUAUUUGUUAAUACAUAUGAUGGUGCGUAAAAAAAAAAUUCAUUUCUAUUGGACAUUUAUGAUAUUUUUGUUUUCCAUAUUACAGAAUUCUUAUAAAAAUUUAUAAAAACAACCUAUUUUUUAUUUCCAAAAUAAUUUUUAGACAUUUUUUACUCAAUGCACUUGAUGACAUUUUUAUUUUCUCUACACGUAUUUUCUCUACACGUAAAAAAAAAAGAAGAAUCAUUAUUCAUAGAUAUUACAAUGACUUAAUAAUUAUGCAUUAUUUUAGACAUGAAGAUGCUGAUGAUUUCCAUUUGUAGCACAGCACAAAUGCUCACAUCUUCUCUUGUAAGACAAAGACGGUCUACACCGAGGUGGUGGAAUAUAACUUGUGGUGGUGGAAAAUAACUCAGAAGAGCUGAUUCUUAAUUAGAAGUUAUUUUUUUCCUGAUUGUUUGAAAAAAAAGCAAGAAAAAAUGGGUCGAAGAGAGACAACCUUAGAAACAACAUUAUAAACAAAUAAUCUUACCUCAGGUCCUGUUCUUGUCUCAGUUUCAUGUUUUUUUCUGUUUAAAACAACACAAGAGAUCACAAGACAAACGAACCCUGUUGAAAAACUUGGAAUUUAUUAGUCUUUAUUUAUUAACAGAAUUAAAUUUAUCUGUCUUUGAAUUUCAGCCCUGAGUCAUAUACAGUAAAGUGGAUAUUAUCAUGUAGCAUAAAAUCAGGAUUCCUGUGAUUUGGGAAUAGAUUUUUUUUUUUUAAUCAUGACUGUGCUAGGGUCAUAUUUCAUGCCUUUUAAUAUGAGCUAAUGAAAUUACUAUGGAAUUGAAAUGGCAGUGGAAUGUUGAUUAAAAAAAUGUCUGUAAAAGCAAUAAACAAUUGCAGUACAUACAGUA